GGGGAAUUCAACAUACCUGAGCAGUAUAAAUAGUGCAUCUCUGUUAUCAUCUUUAAUAGUGGCUGUUAGGUCUCAAGUGUGCUUCAUACCUCAUUCGUGUCAACUCAUGCACAAAUAUUAGGAUGGUACACAAAUAAAACAAAAGACAUGCCAGUCAAACAGUUCAGAGCCUGUGACGUUGCUACAGCUUUUCUUUUGUAUACAGUAUGUAUUUUAUAUUUAAUUAUUACAAGAGGGAUGAAACCUGGGGAGAUGACCUGAAACAUAAAAAAUAUAUACAUUACAGAAACUACCAGGUGCCAUGAUCCAACUAAGUGACUCACUGAGUGCACUCAGACGGUAGGCUGGGCAAAGCCAGGAAGAUGAUGACUGAUCUUAGGUUUUGUAUUUCAUCAGGAAUAGUGCAAAUUUGCAAAUAGUGCAAAAAAUAUCGCAAAUUCAGCGAUUUUAACUUAAGAAAAUGUUAGAAAAAGUUUGGAAUCAUAAAGAAAUGUAAUUUAUAUUACAGAUUUAGUCAUGUUUGGUUUUUGCCGGUGCUUAUCUGUUUGUAUUCAAAAUAACUAGUAAAGUUCUGAAUGGAUUUGGAUGAGAUUUUCAGGAAAAGGAAGAACUGAUUUAAUUUUGGGGGCGAUAUGGAUCCAGGAAUUUUUUUAGAGGAUUUUUUAACAUUGCGUGAUAGGCCCAUUUUCAUCAUUUGUGCAUAUAACGCCACAAAUAAAGUGGUCAAGUUUCAAACAUACAAAAUAUCAAAAACAGAUCCAACAGAGGUUAAUUUUACAUCAUUUUAUUUUAAGGAUGUUCGAUAAUCGCUUUUUUUGUCCAAAUCCUACAUGCCAAUAUUGUCCAAUUCUCAAUUUCUUUGCUGAUAUAUGUGACAUGACAUAUCUCCUGUGGUGGAAUGAACGUUGUAUGUGUUGUAUAUGUACAGCUUAAAAUCAGAUGCCAAUAUCGACAGAUAUUGUAUUUUUAUGCUUGAUAUCGGGCCGAUAAUGAUCAAUACUGAGAAUUAUCGGCCAUCCCUACUUAUUUUUCAUGAUGACUUGUGAGACUUUACCUCUCUUGACCGCUCAUCACCGUUAUUAACUAUAAAUACAUUAUGUCUGACCACUGACUUCAGCUAGUGUCCAGUCUGCUCAUAUUUACACACUUGCUAUUGUUCCUCAUCUCAAUAAAGAUGCCCCUCCUCACUACUACUUUCUCUCCUCCCAUUUUCCUCCUCCACAGUCAUCAUGACUUACUUUUCUCUUCCCUCCAUUGGAGUUUAGCGUGCUGUGAAGUUCGGUUGUGGCAUUUCUUCAUCUCUUUGCAAGAUGUCCUGGAGUCAGGUCUUUGCUCUGUCUUUCCUCGCCACCCUCCUCAUCCUCACUUUUUCUAGUGUUGGUGAAAGUGCAGCAGUGCGGGAUGACUCAACAGCAGCUGAUAUCAAAGAGGGAACUCGGAGGGUCUUCAUGCCUGGGGCGGAUGCUGCCAACUUCUUUAAACGCCGCAGUCGCCGCUCAGUGAGCUACUAUGAACAGCUGGCUGAGCAGAGGGUGCAGCGGGCCAACACCGAGCGCUGGAGGGAGUACAAUGAGGAGCGGCGGAAUAAGUAUGAGAACUACGCCGAAGAGGACCGUGAUGAGCAAACUGAAAGAACGAGGGAGAAAAAUGAGCAAAUUCGAGAGUACCAUUACGACGGCCUUUAUCCUCGAUAUCACUGGUUUCACUAGUGUGGCAUCAACGGAGCCAUGGAUGCAAUAUCGUUGACAGCGAACCAUAUAGUUGGAUAUAGCUUACAAUGCUUCUGCUGUCUUAGAAAUAGGGAGUGUGUAUUCUGCAUUGUAUACUUCUGCAGUGUUUCAUGGUAGACGUCACAAAAAUAAUAAUAAAGGUAACACUAUGUUAAAGACUUGUCUUAACUGCAUGUUUGUUUUUACUGCUUUUUCCAUGCACCUACAGGAUAAACUUAAUACAAGGUGAUGUUAGCCAUGAGGCAUUUGUAGCUAGUUAAAUUCACAAUUCAUUCACAAUACACUUGUUAUUGCCGGAGCGGGCAAACUUCAAUGGACUUUAUGUACUCCUGGCAAUCUGACAGAAAUGAGUUUCCUGAAGAGUUUACAGCACUGAUGUGUUUAACACACAUCCAGCACCGUCUAGAAUUUG